UUCUAAGUAAAGCAUGCAAUGUUGUCUAUGUCAAAAAAAAAAAGUACUCACGAAAUGAGCUGUUUUCGUGAAAAAUAAUAGAAAUUUACAAAUAAAAGCAAGCAUGAAUAAAAACGGAACAAAAACUAAGGGAAAAAAAUCGUAAUUCGAAUUAUUCUCGCGAGACCACGACACCGACUAUCAAACGCCUCCGCAAGAGCUAAUCUAGUUUCUACCGAGCCAGCAACAACAAUAAUUGCAACGCAAAAACUGAAAAAGUACAUUUAAAUACAACAUUACCGCCGUUUCAACGUCAUCAUUAGGUUCGCGCCACGAAAAUGGUCAAAAUUGUCUGAACCGGCGCCGGCAUUGUGGCUUAGACAGCGAACGCGGUUGACGAUAACGGCGGUGAGUAACGACACACCAACAACCGAUCACGAAUGACUACUAUACAGAUCAGAAAGCAACAACAACAGAGCUACUAAUAAAUAAUAUUUAGCAGCAGCCACCGCAACAACAACAACAUCAGUCGCUGCAGCGGAGCGCUCCUCUUGCCGCGAGCGCCACUUAGCGUUUGAGCGGAGUUCGAAUUUUUUAUUUUGAUUUCGCGCUGACGGAUUUCGGUUCUCCACUCUCGAAGCAAACAAGUUUCAGCAUUAGCUACGAAAUACAAAACAAUUAUUGCCAAGUUGCUACAUCGAGACUUGGCUCAGUUGCUUGGGCGCAGCGGACGUGUUAAGACCGGAACGGUGUUUGAACGUGUAACAUCGCACGAUUGAAAUUUGCUAUUAAUUCAAGGCGAGUCGAAGCAGCGCAACGCUCAACGCAACUUAUCUCAACUGCUGAGAGGUGGUGGAAAAGUGCAACGAAUCGGCGACAAAGAAAAAAUCUAUGAUAAAACAGAAAAUCAACGAAAACGAAGUUUAAAACAACACAUCCCCAACAUUCCGUAUCGUGGCAGCAUUCAAAAUAGGAGCAGCAGCAGUUUACAGUCGUGUGGUUCGAAUUGCGAUAAAUUAGCAAUAAUUGCUAUAAUUAACGUUAAAUAAAUUGUGCACUGAAUACUCUUAAGUAAUAGGCGAACUAGUCUGCUAGUUUAUUAAAUAUUAGAGUCGUCACCGCGCUUAUUCAAUUCUCGACAAAAUCGUUAAACGCGCUUGCGAAUGUCGUUCUUCCGAAACUUCCGCGCGAAAACGCGUAGUAAGAGUACGUCUCGCGACACCACACCUGUGAAUACGAACUCACGCCCCGGCAGCGUGAUUAGCAACACAACGUUGCACACCCUUGGCUCAUAUUCAGCGCGUCGUGAAUCGGUUGAUUCGCGCACUGAUUCUCUGCUCAAUCGAAGCGACACUUUUAUACUGAACUCUGACCAGGAGGAUAAGGAAAGCAAACAGAAUUCGUCGAAUAACUCAACGUUGGAGAAGAAGUCGAAAAAAUCGAAAGUUCUAAGUAAAUUUGCCACUUUUACUAAACGCAAAAAGACGCCAACGCCGGAGAAAGCAGAUUCCUUAGAACAUCACCCGAGUGAUAAUGCCACCAACACUUACUACAAAUGGAAAGCUGAUGGUCCGACUUCGGCUCAUACAUUGGAUUAUGAUUCACAAUCGGAUCCGUUUAAUUUCCUAUACGAGCAACAUUCCAGUUUGAAAGGAAUGCAACAGGGCAGUAGUAGUGGUUCCAUGCACUCAACCCAAAGCUCAAACUCAAGCACACACAAUCAGCCUUUCGACUCAUCCACCUAUCGCAAGGGAAAAAUACCAACACAAUUAAAGGAACAACUGUCGCAGCUGAAAACACAGACCAAGCCGGAUUUGCAUGAAGAUGAGGAAUUUACGGCUGAGCAGGAGUCGGCCGCGGAUAAAUAUAAGACAGUGACGCUGAACAGUUUUCGAAAGUCUUUUCGUGAAAAAUUUCUGUUGAAUCAACACAACCCACCACAUAAUCCCGCCUGGUUUGUAGAGGUUGAACCACCUAAAUCCGAAACGCUCGGUCCUUGUGAAUCCAAAGAGAAUCGCCCCGACUUUCUUGUUUUCGAGAAUGAAAAUUACCGCCCAAAUUCUCGUUCACCGGUGCGUGAUAGCAAAGAGCGCACACCGCGCUCCACCAGUCGUUCACCAGUUAAACGUAACGAGACAUUUCGUAUGGAACGACCGACAUUCGAUGCGACUAAAAGUAGUCAAGAACGUCACAAGGGCAUACCGAAGCCAGAGGUGCCAUCGAUACGCAUUGAAAUUAAGAAUUCAAUAGCGCCGAAUAUGCCUUCGCGUAUAGUGCCAGUGGGCGUGGCGAAGCCCAUGCUUUCGCCGCACAAUAUGCAGGAAAAUUAUCAAAACUCAACGGCGCGCAGCAAUGCGGCGGUCACCACCAACGCUGUACAGCCAAUUAAGCAGAAUAAAGUGGGUGGACGUGAUAAGUCCCCACAUAACUGGGGUAAGCCGAUCACCGUCACGCCGGUACGCUAUCCAACGGCCGCCAAAAUCGGCACAACAAUAGCUGGCCGUUACCAAACAUUGGUGCAAAUACGCAAUGAGGCCAAUGCUAAAGCGGCGCCUACACAAACUCAGCAGCGGUCACCGGUGAGUCGGAGCCGUCUAUCUACGCGCAUACAACUGGGUGGAGCUGGUGGUUCGCCCACCUUACAGAAGCGUCUCAAUACGCCCGGUACACGCCAUUCACUUGCCACACCCUUACAAACGGGAACGCUCAGCAGCUAUGAGCUCCUGAAAAACACGCCAGAAUUGUCAACUAAGUCCGCCAUGGAUCAACGGAUGCUGUCGCAGCCUAAGCAUACUUACUUUGGUGACGCGGCCCUGCAUACUGCCAAUAGUAACAACAGUAAAAACAUUUCGACGACUACAUUUUCCAUGGGUCGCACGCCAGUUCAUUCAACUAUCGGCGGUUUCGCCGGCACCAGCAGCUAUGCAACGUCUACGAGUCGGCUGCAACAACCACAAGCUUUGCGCGCAACUGGCGGUGGUAUAAACUGCCGAACGCAACAGCAGCAGCAGCAACAACAUCAACAACAGCGUGUGCUUGUGCCAACACAGAGGCGUUCACGAUCGCCAAUCAAAAUUCCGUGGCGUUGAGCAGGGCGCAUUACUCAGUGCUGAAUUAGUCAGUGAAUUUUGUACUGCGUGGGCAAGCCGGGCUCCGGCGCAAGGCUAACGAGGUGACAGGAGCGAGAGUCGUUGCGAUCUAUGAUUUUUUUCCAAAUAUUAUUAGUAGAUAUAUAUAUUUUUUUGCUAAUUUACGAUAAGAAGUUGCUGCGGCAAACCGGAAAUACUCACUUCUCUGGGUGGCUCCGUGUAAAUCGGACAUUUCUACAACGAAAUUUACUAAAACACCGAUAAAUAAUUAAUAUAACAAACAUAACUGUCGCUUGAUUGAUGAACAUCUGCUUUAAACAAAACAUAUUUGAAUAAAAAAGGACUGAAAAUCACUAGUGAAUAUUUCGAAUUCAAAAUGAUUGCGUUGAAGAACCAAAUAAAUAUAAAAAUAUCAACAAUACAAAAAUCCGAAAUCCUAAUUUAAAAUAUUAGUAAAUCAAAAUUAAAAUUUAAUGACCGCAAAUAAUUGAGCGGUACUUGAAGGAAAUGCCUAUUCAACUAAAUUCAUAUUUUUGUACACACACAUGCAACCAUAAAAGUCUAUGUAUUUACUUCCAUGCAAAAACGAAUGAAAAUUGCUCAACAAUUCAAUAAUAACGAGUAUACUGAAAAUUAAA